AUGGCGGAUAGUGGAAAGUUUCAUAGGCUCUGGAAUCUGUAUGAAAAGAUCAAAACAAGGGAGUCUGAUAUUGAUUUGGAAGAUCAAGUUGGUGUCAGCGACCAUAAAGCAGGGGAUACAAAACCUAUAGAAUCCCAAAGCUUCAUUUCUAAACAUUUGCGUAAAAUUUUGUUUGUAACUAGUUUUCUCGCAUGCUGUCUCAUAGUUGGAUUCAUAUACGGGUUUGAAUGGAACAGAGGGAUAAACAAUGGAGUUAACCAGAACUCUGCGGAAGAGAUAUCAAAACCAUCCUGGCGGCUUGAUACGCAAAAGAAUUAUACUGUCGAUUCUUCAGUAUGGCGGGCUCAAAAAGGACAUCAAAAUCGACACUAUUUCUUUAACAUUUCUAAGCUUGUCGAAGUUGCCCCUGAUGGUAUUAAACGUAACCUAACAGUUAUAAACGGUCAAUAUCCAGGUCCUCUUAUUGAGGCCAAUGCUGGUGAUACCUUAUUUAUUCACGUCAAUAACUUGAUGGAGGAUGAGCCAACCACAAUUCAUUGUCAUGGUCUCUUAUUUAACCAUGAAAAUAAUUAUUAUGAUGGUGCAUCAUCUAUUAACCAGUGUCCAAUUUCCCCAGGUCACAAUUUCACGUAUAUUAUCGAACUGGACGAGAAACAGUGGGGUACAUAUUGGUAUCACUCACAUUAUGGAGCACAGUAUGCGGAUGGGGUUUUUGGUCCCCUCGUGAUCCAUUCAGAGGAGGAGGACCAAUUGCUUGGCUCAGAGUCUAAGUAUGACGCGGAAAUGGUCAUUAUGGUAAACGAUUAUUAUCAUGAUAUUGCGAAUAACUAUUUGGCAGAUUAUCUGGCUCCCAAUAACGAAAACAAUGAACCAAGUCCCGAUGAUGGGUUGAUACAAGGAGCAAACAAUUUCAAAUACGAUGCAGCAACUUAUAUCGUGCCAAACGGAGAGACCAAAGAACAUGAUGGUGAGGUCUACGAUGCCACAGAGGCCAAAUAUCCUGUAAUGACUUUGGAUAAGAAUAAAAAUUACCGAAUAAGGUUGAUUAAUGCUGGGUUUUUCCUUCCUUUUAGUUUUUCAAUAGACGAACAUCAUUUGUCCAUUAUAGAGACCGACGGUGCUAAUGUGGCACCUACUACUGUAGAGACGAUCGAAAUGUCUGUUGCUCAACGAUACUCAUUUAUUCUAAAAAAGGAUUCCGAUAACAGCGAUUUCUUCUCGCUAAGAGUAUAUUUCAAUGCUUUCUGCAUGGCGGUCGAUAAUCCAAAUUUCAAUCCGCAAAUACGUGGAAUUAUAUCAUAUGAUAAGUCUGCUUCUACAAAGAAUAACACGAUUGACAGUGUAAAUAGUGUCGCUUGGCCAUAUAACGGUGGUGACCCUCGUUGUCGAGAUAUGGACCAGAAAACAUUCCACAGCGUGAAUGAAAAGGUUCCUAAGGUUGUGAAUAAUACUAACAGGCCUGAUAGAAUAGUUAAACUUGACGUUUCUUUCUUCAUCAAAGAAAGGCAAUUAGACAGAGGAUAUUUUAAUGAUAUGACAUGGAAACCACUUCCAGACACUGAGAAUACCCUAACACAUCUGGCUUUCAACAAGUCUUCUUUGAGGGGGGAUUUCGGUGAAUUAGAAAGCAAAAACAAUAACCAGUAUCUAAUUAAUCUAGACAAAAGAGGAGAAAUUGUCGACUUCGUUAUUAACAAUUAUGAUGAUGGUUCGCAUCCAUUUCAUAUGCAUGGAUAUAAAUUUUGGUUAGUUGGAAGCAGUGAUAGAGGCUAUUUCAAGGAAUCUUAUUAUGAGGAAGAUAGCCUCGGUUUAAUGAACUUUGACGACGCAGUCCAAAGAGACACUAUAAAUAUCUCAGGAUAUGGCUGGGCAGUAAUAAGAAUCAUAGUAGAUAAUCCUGGUGUCUGGCCUUUCCAUUGUCACAUUGGAUGGCACAUGGAGAGCGGACUCUUACUGCAAUUAAAUUCAUUGGAGAAUGAAUAUACUAGUUGGAACCAUUUCCCACAAGAAUGGAAAGAUCUUUGUACUACCUAA